AUGGUAGGGAAGCGGUAUCUGCUGACAGAAGGUGAUAUAAAGUUAGAAGAAUUUCAGCAGAUGAAAGUGGCAAUUAGAAAUGAAGUUCAUGGCAAUAAAGAUCCAUAUUUUAAAAGUAUUAAAGAAAAAUUAAAGAAAAAUGGAAUGAUUCUCAAAAAUGAGUUAAAAAAUUUACUGCACUUAUGUCAGACUUCAUCUGAUGUGGAACUAGCCAGAGAAGUGAUUUACAGGUACCAUGAACAGAAUGGAAUCACAGCCUUACAUGAUUAUAAAUUUGGGCCCCUCUUUAUGAGGCUAUGUUAUGAACUGGACCUUGAAAGACCUGCUGUAGAACUUAUCAAAGAUCAGAACUUGCGUGGUUUUUUCUCCGACAGUACGUCGUUCCAUAUUUUGAUGACUAUGUUGUUUAAAAAGGGACAUUUUGAAAGUGCUUUGGAAGUUCUGGUAGAAAUGAAAAAACAAGGUAUACCUUUCAACAGAGAAACCUAUCUACUUGCAUUUGCAAUAUGCUACAAACUGGACAACCUGGAGUCUUGCAAAAUCUCUGCCAAACUUCUUGAAGAAGCACAGCUAAAGGGUGACACAUUACCACUGCGAGUAUUCUGCUUUGCUGUGGCAACUGCUCUGAAACAGAAUGACGUAGCACAAGCCAAAUUUUUUUAUUCUCAGAUAGUGAAAACGGAGAACAAACUAUACAGUAAUCUUAAAGUUCUUGUCCAGCUCAGGUCUGGUUUGCUAGAAGAAGUAAUAAAGACAUUAGAGGCAGCAGUGGAAGUGGACAUUCCUCCCUUUGUGAAAAAAAUAGAGUUUUCUGAGCAGGUGCUGGCUACAGUCAGGGAAAAGAUGGAAGAACACCCUGACCUUUCUGCCAAAUUAGGAGACAUUUAUAUGAAACUACAAGCUUCGGGACGGAUAACCAUGUGCACGCUGGAAGACAUGCUUUUCCAGAUUCCUAGUUCAAAGAAGACCCCUGCAAAGCUUUUGAAUCAGAAGCAACUGGGCUAUCAGUCAGCUAAACCACUUUGGUCAAAUCUGUUGGUGGAAUAGUUCAAUAUUUGAUGGCAAACUGAACUGCUGUUAGCAACUCCUAGAAGCCAGGUUCAAAUAAAAUGCCUUCUCUACUCC